AUGGCUUCGCUGUACCAGAGGUUCUCGGGCAAGAUCAACACCUCGCGCUCCUUCCCGGCGCCCCCGGAGGCCAGCCACCUCCUGGGCGGCCAGGGCCCGGAGGAGGACGGCGCGGGGCCCAAGCCCCUCGGAGCCCCGGCGCCCGCGGCGGCGCCCUCCCGGGAGCGCGGAGGCGGCGGCGGCGGCGCGGGUGGCCGGCCCCGGUUCCAGUACCAGGCGCGGAGCGACGGUGACGACGAGGACGAGCUGGUGGGGAGUAACCCUCCCCAAAGAAACUGGAAGGGAAUAGCAAUUGCACUCCUUGUGAUUCUGGUCAUCUGCUCCUUGAUUGUCACCUCAGUCAUACUGCUGACACCAGCGGAAGAUAAUAGUCUGUCUCAAAAGAAGAAGGUCACAGUGGAAGAUCUCUUCAGUGAUGAUUUCAAAAUUCACGACCCUGAGGCUAAGUGGAUAAGUGAUAAAGAAUUCAUCUAUAGAGAGCAGAAAGGAAGUGUGAUACUGCGGAAUGUUGAAACAAAUACUUCUACAGUGUUAAUAGAAGGCAAAAAAAUUGAAUCAUUAAGAGCCAUCCGAUACGAAAUCUCACCAGAUAAGGAGUAUGCUCUGUUUUCAUACAACGUGGAGCCAAUAUACCAACACUCCUACACUGGAUAUUAUGUCCUGAGCAAAAUUCCUCAUGGGGAUCCUCAAAGUCUAGACCCACCAGAAGUGAGCAAUGCAAAACUGCAAUAUGCAGGCUGGGGUCCCAAAGGCCAGCAGCUGAUAUUUAUCUUUGAAAACAAUAUCUACUACUGUGCGCACGUCGGGAAGCAGGCCAUCCGUGUGGUCUCAACGGGGAAGGAAGGCGUGAUUUACAACGGCCUCAGUGACUGGCUGUAUGAAGAGGAGAUUUUGAAGACUCACAUCGCCCACUGGUGGUCCCCAGAUGGCACGAGGCUCGCCUACGCCACCAUCAACGACUCCCGCGUGCCUAUCAUGGAGCUCCCAACCUACACCGGCUCCAUCUACCCCACUGUGAAGCCCUACCACUACCCUAAGGCUGGCUGUGAAAACCCCAGCAUUUCCCUACACGUCAUCGGCUUAAAUGGACCCACCCACGAUCUGGAGAUGAUGCCACCGGAUGAUCCACGGAUGAGGGAGUACUACAUCACCAUGGUGAAAUGGGCCACCAGCACGAAGGUGGCAGUGAACUGGCUGAGCCGGGCACAGAACGUGUCCAUCCUCACCCUCUGCGACGCCACCACUGGGGUCUGCACAAAGAAACACGAGGAUGAGAGCGAAGCCUGGCUUCACAGACAGAAUGAAGAGCCGGUGUUCUCCAAGGAUGGCCGGAAGUUCUUCUUCGUCCGAGCCAUCCCACAGGGGGGACAAGGAAAAUUUUAUCACAUCACCGUGUCCUCGUCCCAGCCCAACAGCAGCAAUGACAACAUACAGUCCAUCACCUCUGGAGACUGGGAUGUGACCAAGAUCCUGUCCUAUGACGAGAAGCGGGAUAAGAUCUACUUCCUGAGCACCGAAGAUCUGCCCCGGAGGCGGCAGCUCUACAGCGCCAACACGGUGGGCAACUUCAACAGGCAGUGCCUGUCCUGUGACCUGGUGGAGAACUGUACCUACUUCAGUGCGUCCUUCAGCCACAGCGCAGAUUUCUUCCUGCUCAAGUGUGAAGGUCCUGGCGUCCCCACGGUGACCGUGCACAACACAACGGAUAAGAAAAAAAUUUUUGAUCUAGAAACAAAUGAGCACGUACAGAAAGCCGUACAUGACCGACAGAUGCCCAAAGUAGAAUACCGGAAGAUCGAGGUUGACGAUUACAACUUGCCCGUUCAGAUCCUCAAGCCAGCAACCUUCACCGACACUGCCCACUACCCCCUGCUCCUGGUGGUGGACGGCACCCCUGGGAGCCAGAGCGUGGCCGAGAAGUUCGAGGUGACCUGGGAGACGGUGAUGGUGAGCAGCCACGGAGCCGUGGUGGUGAAGUGUGACGGCCGCGGCAGCGGCUUCCAAGGAACCAAGCUCCUGCAUGAGGUGGGGCGGAGGCUGGGCUCCCUGGAGGAGAAAGACCAGAUGGAGGCCGUGCGGAUGAUGCUGAAGGAGCAAUACAUUGAUAAGACGCGUGUGGCCGUGUUUGGGAAGGAUUAUGGCGGGUACCUGAGCACCUACAUCCUCCCGGCAAAGGGUGAAAAUCAGGCUCAGGUUUUCACCUGUGGCUCUGCUCUCUCUCCAAUCACGGACUUCAAGCUCUACGCGUCUGCGUUUUCUGAGAGGUACUUGGGCCUCCAUGGACUUGACAACAGAGCAUAUGAGAUGACGAAGGUGGCCCAUCGAGUGUCAGCGCUAGAAGAACAGCAGUUUCUGAUCAUCCACGCAACCGCGGACGAAAAAAUCCAUUUCCAGCACACAGCAGAACUCAUUACACAACUAAUUAAGGGGAAGGCUAACUACAGCUUACAGAUCUACCCAGACGAAAGCCAUUACUUUCACAGUGCCUCCCUCCACCAGCACCUGUACCGAUCCAUCAUCAACUUCUUCGUGGAAUGCUUCCGGAUUCAGGACAAACUCCCCAUGGCCACAGCAAAAGAAGAGGAGGAGGAGGACUGAGCACCACGGGGCUCCUCCUGGAACAGUGUGUAGCCGGGACCCCGCCUCCCCAGCCCAUAGGGGCUGGCUGGGGCGGGGGCAAGAAGUGUGACUUCCAUAGCAUGUGUGUCUCGCGUCCCAAAGGCGGCUUUGCUUCGGAAAACAGCUCCUUCCCGGGCCGAGACGCGUCAUCGCUCAUGGGGGGCUCCCAUGCGCCCGGAGCCACUGCAGCAUCACCCUCUUCUGGCCCCAGAGUGACUGGUGCAUCCCACGGCCCCUCCCCAAGGAACAGAGCAAAGGAUGGACGGCAGUGAAGAAAUUGGCCCUCAAACCCAAGCUAUCGUGCAGUAGCGUUAAGACCCACCCUCACUAGUGUGCGUGCCCACAUCAGCAGCAUCCGUCCUGUCCGAUAUAACCACACCAUGGAAACAACUAUAGCACAAUUAUUUUAACACUACUUGGUCAUAGAUCAGCUUGCUCCUUUCUGUAAUUAGGAGACUCAGCAUUUCAAGGGGCUGUACAAAGUAUUACUGUAGCUAUGCUAAUGGUUAACCUUAUGGAAUUAAUUCGUAUUUUUCUAUGGUUUUUAUCUGACACUGUCUCUGGUCACGGGGUUGUUUCACUGUGCUUGCCUUCUUUCUUGCUUUCUUGCUUUCUCCUUCUUCUUUUCUGUUUCUUUUUGGCUUUGUGUUCUUUGGUCAGUGUGUAGGCUUUGCACUUGUUUGGAUAAAGAAACGGAUCAGAAGGAACUAACUGCUCUCUCCUCAAGAUUGUCUUGAGACUGUGGAGAAAUUUCAAAAACACUGAAGGGAAAAAAUCAUCUAACAGCAUUCACUAAAAAAAACAAAAGAAAGGAAAAACAAGAAAAUGCAUAAAUAAAACGUCUUUCCCACAAAGCUGCAUUAGGAUUUGGCUUAUAUUCACAAGAUUUACCUAUGUCCUGGAGCCCAUCCACUCCCCACUUGAUAAGUUGUCGAGGCUUUUCAGAUGGCGUUUGGUUAAAGAAAUGUAAAAAGACAAGGAGUUGACUCCAUCCCUGAGUCUGUAGUGUGAUCGGGGGACAGGCGUCCUGUCGUCCCGGGAUGCAGGUGCAUGCGGUUGCCUGGCACCCUGGGGACGGUGAAGUGGCCUCAGCACCUCCUGCGCACAGCCUCUGGCUGUUCAUUGGAACAGCCACCCCUGGUGUGUAUUUCAUUUUGUUGUACAUAAAGACAGGACUGGCGCUGCCGUCCACCAGCCCCCACCAUGCCGCCUGCAUGCCGACCCCCUGUGGCUGACCCGCACUCUCCACAAGUGCUAGUCUGAGACACAUCCAUCACUGCUGUUUCCUUUGGAGCUUGUUGACAACCUGAACGUCAGUACUGAUGUCUCCAGCUUCCGGUCCUGCUGGGGGGUCCUUGACAUCCUGUCAGCAGAGAUUUGUCCGUGUCGCUUUUUGGUGUUUGGGGGUUCGGGUUUCAUCUCCAUGAGUUCUGGAUGUCAGCUGCAGCUAGUGUGAUUGGAAGGUCUCCAGUGCAGGAUUUCUCCAGGCGAGACAUCGCCAUUUCUGGAAAGGACCAACGCAUGAGCCACGGGAGCAACUCUGAAUGCUACGCAAUCAUGCUUUCGCUGUUUCGAUGGGCUUGACCGAAUGCAAAGCCAACUAGGUCUGACGGGGGAUAGCCUGCUCCAGCCACGGGACCUGGCAGGGUGGAAGUGAGAAUGUGGCAUGGUAGCGUUUGUUCAUCCAUGGAAUAAAACAUUAUUUUA